AUGAGCCCGCGUCUAGUACUUCGCACCGUCGCUUACAGUCAACAGAUCGUCCACACCGUCAAUGGAGUCGAGAAACGGAAACCGCUGGAGGAGAUCAAGCCCGCGGAGUUCACAUCCACAACAAACCCAUCAUCCAGGAAUAUGUCACCAGAUCCCGACUCGCUUAUCGGUCCAACGCGCGAGCAGAUACCCAACUUUGAGGUCGACUUCUUUGGUGGCGGGCCCCGACUUGUAAGCGAGCUGCAUAGCAUGGAGCUCGAAAAGACUCAGCUGGUGAGCUGGGCGUACAAUACCUACGGUCGCACGAACGACGCCAAGAACCGGUACAACCAUAUGCCGGUGAUAGGGUGGCUGAAGACACUCAUGGCGGAGGCCUCGACUGACAGUGCACUGGAUCCGGCGGUGUUCGCUCUUAGUGCGCGAAUGUUCGGUGUCAGGUAUCGGGAUAAAGCACUUAUGAAGAAGGCGGCGCAGCAGUACACAGUAGGGUUGGGAGCGCUGCAGAGGAACUUGGGAUCUGAUGAGUUUGCCAUGACGGAUGAGACGCUGGCAGGGAGUUGUGUGAUGGCGUUGUAUGAGCUCACCGAUCCCGACGGCAGAGAUCCAGAAGCAUGGCUAAGCCAUCUGUCCGGAAUAGCAACACUGUUGCAAGCACGAGGCGCGUUGAGACACCGGAGUUUGCUCGCCCGGUCGACACUCGAGCACUGUCGAUAUAAUCUAGUAAGUCUGAACCGUCCUUUCGCCCCCCAAAGCAAUCCAGUAAACGUUUUCCCCCACCAGACACAACACUGCAUCAUAACCCGCAAAUCCUACGGCUUUGCCAGCCCCGACUGGCUACACGACCCCUGGACCAACGUCCGCAAGAGCAUCGAGCAACGCGUCAUGGACUACGGCUUCCGCCUGGCCGACAUCCUCGAACGCAUCGACGACCCCACCAACUGGCUUUCUAGCGUCGAAACCAUCGACAUGCUCGUCCAGGACUGCAAAACCUCCAUCUCCGAAAUCGAAUACCUCAAGCUCGAACUCCUCGUCGACCCAGUCGAAUACCUCAAAAAUCUAGGCCCCAACCCCGGCUCCGACCCCUGGGACGCCAUCGAAAUCCAGGAUAUCAACCGACGCAUGCUGCGACUCACCGCUGCAGGCAUCCAACUCCAUCUCGUGGCCGCCGCGCACGAAGCAAUCAGCAAAGCGCGCAAUCUGGUAGGUAGUCCCGUCACGAUCACCAACCUCUCCGACGUGGGCAGCAACGUCUACCUCCUCCGCGACGACUGCGACUCUCUGACCCUCGAGCUGCUUCACAGCGGCACGCAGAUGGCCAAGGAUCUGAUCGACGAGAUGGAGGAUACGAUCAAGGACGGCAAGGGAGCCGUCAUACGUGGUCGAUUGAGGUUCCCGUUGAGGGCAGCGCUGAAUCAGCUGCGGUACGAGCCGGCGUGCGAUCAGUACGUGCAGGGCGAGUACCUGAUGCAGGCGCUGUUGGGGAGGAGGGAUGAUGAGGCGUUGAACGGGCCGCAUAAGAAGGAUGAAUAUUUUAUGGGGAGGGCGCAGCAGAAGCAGCAGGUGGCGUUUGAUGGGUUGCAGAGGGGCGCUGGGUCGGUCAGGAUUGUUACAUGA